GGGACGGGUGAGCCCUGGAGAGCCAUCCAGGUGUCCUCUGCCUCUCCCUCAUCCCAGCCUCCAGCCUGAGCCAGUCCUUCUCUUCCAGCAUCUGGGGAUACCUGGGCUUCGCCACCCACCGCCUCACAUGGCAGAAGCGCCCGGACCCGUGGCUGCCUUGAGGAGACUCAGCACUGCGGGCUGCAUCUCAUCCCCGACCAGGGACAGGGGCACAAGACGGAGUCCAGUCCGAGCCCCGUCCUCGAGAGCAGAGAACACUGGGACAGGCGGGCGCUACGGAAGGGGUGGGGACAGGCGGGCAAACCGGUCGGGCGGGCGCUGGGCUGGGGCUUCCCUCUGGAUGGGCCUGCGCUGACAGUCCCAGCUGGCAGCAGCUCACGGGGCAGGCAGCUGGGGCCGUGAGGCCGCGGUGCAUCAGGUACGAGGGGACCUGGGACGGGGGGUGGGGAGUGGCGAGCAGGUCCCCGACCCUCAGCACCCCAAUUUCAACUGCCCCUCAGCCUGUCCCUGUCCCCCACCCAGCAUCCUUCCCAGUCCUGCUUUUGGCUCUUCAUGUUUGAAACUCCAUACACCCAUCGCGCUCGAGUUUGCUGAGCCUCUCCCCAAAUUGGACCGCUGCAGUUUCACUGCUCCCCGACAAUCCCCCCUCCACGGCAUCCUUCAGUCCCCACAGGUACCCAGCUCUGUUUUCCUUUACCCUGCUUCUUAGCUGCUCCCCAGCUCACCGCACUUGCUCCGUGUCCCUCCAAAGCGUGCCAGCCUCCCACAGCGCCCUACACCUUAAUCACCCCUGUGUCACUCAGCCACCACCCUGGACCCCCUAUUUCCCCAGACCACCUCUGCUUAGCCCUCCCCAGUGUCCUGGCCUUAGAAACUCCCAGGGGCUCCCAGACGCGCAGCCUCAAAUUAGCCCCUAGCUCCCCGAAGCUGUCCUCUGUCCCCUUCUCUGGCCGUCCUUCCUCAUCCUGCCUCUCACUCUACCCUGAAGGCUACCUCUGUCGCCUCCUCUUAAGUGACCUAGGAACCCAGCACCCGGGACCUGGCCUAUCCCCUGUCCACGCUGUCAGGCAGGCCAGGGACCCUGCCCUCAGCUCUCUGCUGUUGGUGCCCCAGAGGCUACGCUGAGCUUGGGCGCUCCCUCCUGCCCCAGAAGCAGGCCCCCAGCGCCCAGCUGCCCAGCCGCCAUGCACAAGCAUUACAAAGUUCACUUCGCCAAGGACGCCCAGACCCCUAGCGGGCACUACUUCUGGGACCCAGAGUUGGGGCACCAAAAAGGAUGCUGUCAUCCGCGGCGCCAGGACUCAGCAGCCCUCCGAGCCCACGGGCCCUGUCGGCCUUCCCCCCAGUCACACUGGCAGCUGGCCUACCACAGCCACCGAGCAGGUGGCAGUGGCUGGCGCCGGGGCCCCCCACCCUCCGUCCAGCAGAAGCAGUGGCAGCCCCAGCCCCCACCUCCCAGCCCCAUGCGGCAGCGGCUCUGCCCCAUUCACAGAGCCCAGAAGGGGCUGCCUGCAACCUCCACUGUCCCCAGGGGACCAGCCGGCGCCCCCCAGGCGCCCCCCUUAGCCACCACAGCACUCGCCACGGCCAGCAGCGGAACAGCCCUACGCUCCGCGGCCAGCGUCCUCCUGGAGCCCAGCGAGCCCACUGAUGCCCGUCCCCUGCCCGCCCCGGCGGCCUGCGGCUCCUUCACCUACAGCUCCGACAUCCUAACAGAGGAUGACGUCUACUGCAGCUGCCUGGCCAAGACACUCUGCCACGUGCCCGUCCCUGUGACCGUGGGUUUCUACGCUCCCUUUGGCUGCCGCCUGCACAUGAUGCUGGACAAGAUCACGGCGCUGAUGCAGCAGGAGGCGGCGCAACGCGAGAGCGAGGAGCUGCAGCACGUGCAGUGGCGACCGCGCGCCGUGAGCGGCUGGGGCGUCCCGCAGCUGCUGUGGUACCUGGUGUUCCUGCAGCCCAUCAUCACCGAGGUGCACCUGCGGCGCAGGAACGUGCAGUUCCUCUUCAUCCGCUUUAGCGCCUGGCAGUACGCGGGCACCGACAAGCUGUGGGCCGGCCUGGUGACCACACUGUGCGAGGGCAUCCGCCACCACUACGGCGCGCUGCCCUUCAGCGUGUACUCGGUGCUGGGCAACAAGCCGGCCACCAGGCAGGGGUGCUGCCACAAUGAGUGGCACUGCCGGCGCCGCGUGUGCCUGGGGCUGCUGGUGCUGCUGGCGGCGCUGGGCCUGGGCGUGGGGCUGCUCUACCUGUCCCUGGGCGGCCACGCGCCGGGCCACGGCAGUCCGAGCGGCAGCCUGCUCAAGGUGUUCGGCGGCGCGGCCACCACGCUGUCGGGCUCGGGGCUGCUCAUGGCCGUGUACUCGGUGGGCAAGCAUCUGUUCGUGAGCCAGCGCAAGAAGAUCGAGCGGCUGGUGUCGCGCGAGAAGUUCGGCAGCCAGCUGGGCUUCAUGUGCGAGGUGAAGAAGGAGGUGGAGCUGCUCACCGACUUCCUGUCCUUCCUGGAAAUCUACCAGCGGCGCCGGCUGCGCGUGGUGCUGGAGGUCACCGGGCUGGACACGUGCUACCCGGAGCGCGUGGUGGGCGUGCUCAACGCCAUCAACACGCUGCUGUCCGACAGCCACGCGCCCUUCAUCUUCAUCCUGGUCGUGGACCCCAGCAUCCUGGCCGCGUGCCUGGAGAGCGCGGGCAACAUGAAGGGCACCGCCGACAACGGCUACCUCUUCCUCAACCGCACGGUCACGCUGCCCUUCUCCGUGCCCAUCAUGGGCCGCCGCACCAAGCUGCAGUUCCUGCACGACGCCGUGCAGAGCCGCGACGACCUGCUGUAUCGCGAGAUCACGCGCAAGCCGGGGGCCGCUGGGGGCGGCGGGGGCGAGAGUGCGCAGCUGCUGGCGGUGCAGACGCAGGUGGGGCCCGAGCGCGGACAGGGCCGCAUCGACGCGGAGGCGGCGCGGCGCAUCCAGGAGGCGCUCUUCUGCCUGCACGACGAGCGCGACUGCCUCUACGAGUACGUGCCCGACAACGUGGUGUCCAUGCGGCGCAUCGUCAACACCGUGCCCAUCACCGUGCGCCUGCUGCAGCAGCAGCAGCAGCAGGGUGACUUCGGGGGCCCCACGCCGCGCCAGGCGGUGGCGUGGGUGGUGCUCGCCAACCAGUGGCCGUGCCGCCUGAGCUGGGCGCUGCAGUGCCUGGAGGACCGGCAGCAGACCGGGGGCGCGCCAGAAGGUCGCGCGCGCCUCUGGGACGUGUUCCGCGACAACAGCCGCGAGCUGCACACCAUGACCAAGGCGUUGCAGAAUGUGCUGGACCUGGACGGUGACCCCGAGCUCUUCGAGCGCUUCCUGGGCGCCGACUUCCCCUUCACCGUGGCCGAGGCGCAGAGCCUGCUGCGCUGCACGGUCAACCUGGACCACUCCAUCCGCCGGCGCAUGGGCCUCAUCCGAGCCGUCAGCACGCUCAAGCCGCCCAGCCCGCCCAAAUCCCCUGCCCGCGAUGCCCCCCACGCUGCCCACCGGGCCAACAGCGCCUCUAGGGCGUCCCCAUCGGGCCGUGCCGCAGGGCAAGCCGGCGAAGGCCACCACGCUGGGGACUUGGCCCAUGCGGGACAAGCCAUGGCCAGUGGCCUGAGCACCCUUCUGUCCAGGGGAGUCCAGGCCAGGUGUGCCCUGAAUGGAGGACUUGUCAGGCAGCAGGAGACAAGGGCUUCUCCAUCUGCCCAGAUAGGGGAAUAGGGGGCUGGACUGGGGCCACAGCCCAGGGUCCCAAUGAGGCCUGUGAAUCUGAGCCAGAGCCGUGGACAUAGCUUCCAGGAGCGGGGCUGUGAGCCAGUGUCAGUGUGAGAGCGGGUGCAGAAGGACCAGUGAGGAACUCAGGGUAUACGUGCAACAAAUAGAGGCGUCGAGAGCCCUGAGUUGGUCGUUACAUCCUGAUCUGACCAGGGACCAGGCCUGCCCCAUCCUGCCACCAGGACCUGCCCUGUCCUGCCAAGCCCACUUCCUCCUCUGAGCCACGCUGGCCGCCUCAGCUGGCAUCUCUGUGGCAGGAGGGGCUGCGGGGGCGGUGGGCGAGGCGGGUGAAGCUGCAGAGCUGGGAGAUGACAGGUAGAUGGGCCGGGUUGACUAAGGCAACAUGGAGCGCCCAGGCCUCAGGGAAUCCCAGUCCUUGUCCCCAUGCCCUAGCCUGCCCCUCUGUGAGCAGGGCAGGAGCUGGCAUUUCCAAGGGUGACCUCAGUGAACUCAGCAGGCUGCUCCACCCCCAGGAAGGCUCCACCCUCAAUGUAAUGGGUUAAUUAGAUCUUAUUGGCACCUCAGUUGACUGGGGUGGGUGGCACUAACCUCCCCCAGAUAAAUAACUGUCCACAAGAUGCCUGCAUUACAAGUCACUCCAGGGCCACCCAAGGGCCACUGGUUAGUCCCUGACACUACCGCACCAGCCCCUUGAUGAGGAUAGGGAAGUUGAGCAGAGAUGAGGAUACAGGGCCCAAGUCAGCCAGGCAGGAGGGCUUACACUAAGGCUUCCCACCUUCCCUCUGGGUAAAGCCCUGGGCUGGUGGGUGGCUGUCGCUCCUCUGGGCAGUUCCUGACUCCUCAUUGGUCCAAUGUUCAGCCACAUGCUCAAGACCUGGGGUGCCUGGCCCAGUCCCAUGCAUGUGCGGGCAGGGGCCGCAGGGACCAACACUGAACAUAGCCCUGGGAUGAGGCUGAGACUUCUGAGCCAGGGCCCUGAGGCUGGCAGAGGGAACAGUCCCUGAGGAACUCGAGCUCUGCAAAGGCACCCACCCUCCGGCCAUGGGGCUGGGGUCACUGACCUCACAGUUCCUUAGCUCCAAGGCUGGCCACGGCAUCCAGGUCUGGCUGCAGCACCGGAGUCCUCUGGGCACAGCAAUGGUGUCACCAGUGCAUGCAGGUCAGUGGGAGCCCACCGUGAUCUUCCCUGGAGCUAAGCGAGCAGAGGUUUCUCAUUCCUGGCCUGGCUAAGCUGGUAGGAUAUGCCUGGACCUCCUGGGAGCUGUUUCCCAGCAGUCAGGGAGCACUGCCCUCAGAGGGAGAGGCAUGGGGCCUCGUGACAUCGUUGAGUCUGUGUUUCUGUAGAUGUGCGAUUAGGGUCAAUAUAUCCCUUUAGCCUCCCUUAAGCCAGUUUCUUUGGGAUUGUUUCUUACCACCUGGAAUCCAGGCUGAAAAUAAAUUUUCACUCCUGUUACCAGGAGUGGGUGCUGUGAGAGAUGCUAAUGUGCAGACUUGGGUGGAGGUGAGGACGGGACUGAGGCCCCCCAUGACUCAGUAAAAAGCCGCACC